UGAAAACUGACUUAAAAUCAAUAUACUGCAUUUGUUUUAUUUCUUCAUGUCUGUUUAAGACUGGGUUUGUUAAACAUGCAGGGAAGAAAACGGAUUGUAAACUCUUUGGGGCAGAAGCUGUCACUGUAAAAUACCUACCACACUAGGGCCCCGAGUCAGGACCACUGGGCAUUAACCAUAAUACCAAUGUUAAAUAAUUAAAGUUUGAUUUUAAGACUAACAGGUCAUUUUGGGAAAGGGUGGGAUUGUGACAUCAGAGAUAACCUGGCCAAUCAACAUACAGUUGACUAGUGAAUUUGCCUACUGCAAACAGUUUGAUUGCGAGACCAUUAGAAAAAGCUUUCCUCUCUAGAUGGUAACACAGUGAUGCUGUAGUCUGGGAGGAAGAUAUGGAGUCGGAGCUGCUAGGGGAGACCCCUGUGUGCUCCCCGGCAGAGCCAGUGCACUGGCAGUUGCUGACUCUGCUGGACACUGUGGGCAGGCGGAAUGGACAGGUGCUAGUGAUGGAGAUGGAUGAUGUACAUGAGGCAGCCCCGCUCGUGCAGAUGGACUUUGCCCAGGAGCUCUUCAGAGGGAUCGACCUGAAGACCAAACUCCACCGGAAGGAGGAAACCAAGGAGGAAGAGCAGGAGGUGCAACCGCAGCUGGUCUUCAUGCUCUGGCAAGCUGCCACGCUGAGGCAGCUCAUGCAGUGGGAACACCUGGAUGAAACACUCUGGAACUUAAGGAAUCUCUUUCCCUGCAUGCCAGCUGCUCUGGUACUGGUGAUGAUCCAGCCAGACCUGCAGCACCAGCAGGUGGAACCAGGACGGGCAGCUGGGGCACUAAGGAGAAUGCAGUGCUUGCUGGAUGGUGGCUUCCAGGAACUGGUGGUGGAAGCAGCUGUUUACAGCCCAGGCCAGCCAGAUGGGACCCUGGAGGUCAAGAGAGCCGCCUGCAGAGCCCUGAGAGAAGUUCUGAAGGGCCAAGAAGAAAUGACUCCCCAGGAUCCAGUUACCAUCCGACUCAGCCUGGGGGUGUGCAACACAGGAUAUGAAAGACGGUAUGAGGACAGGCUCCCUUAGGCCGCAUUGCGAUGUGCC